CAGCCGGAGCCCUCGCAGCUGCCCGCGCCCGGCGCCCCCUCGCCGCGCCCCUCGCUCCGUCCCCGCGCCGGGCGCCCUCCCGCCUGCGCCGGAGCAGCUUUGCGGGCGCCCCGCGCCCCGCCGCCGCCGGCCUCCCUCCGCGGGGCGCCCUCAGAGCCAAAAUGAGUCUGUUUGGCACCACCUCAGGGUUUGGGACUGGCGGGACCAGCAUGUUUGGCAGCGCAACCACAGAUAACCACAAUCCCAUGAAGGACAUUGAGGUGACGUCUUCUCCAGACGAUAGCAUCGGGUGUCUGUCCUUCAGCCCUCCCACCUUGCCGGGGAACUUCCUCAUUGCAGGCUCCUGGGCCAACGAUGUUCGCUGCUGGGAGGUUCAGGACAGCGGGCAGACCAUUCCAAAAGCGCAGCAGAUGCACACGGGGCCCGUGCUCGACGUCUGCUGGAGCGACGAUGGGAGCAAAGUAUUCACAGCAUCAUGUGACAAAGCAGCCAAGAUGUGGGACCUCAACAGUAACCAGGCCAUUCAAAUCGCUCAGCACGAUGCACCUGUUAAGACUAUUCAUUGGAUUAAAGCCCCAAACUACAGCUGUGUGAUGACUGGAAGCUGGGACAAGACCUUAAAGUUUUGGGAUACCCGCUCGUCCAACCCUAUGAUGGUCUUGCAGCUCCCCGAAAGGUGCUACUGCGCCGACGUGAUAUAUCCAAUGGCCGUGGUGGCCACUGCAGAGCGGGGCCUGAUUGUCUACCAGCUGGAAAACCAGCCUUCUGAGUUCAGGAGGAUAGAGUCUCCUCUCAAACACCAGCAUCGCUGUGUGGCUAUUUUUAAAGACAAACAGAAUAAGCCGACUGGGUUUGCCCUGGGAAGUAUCGAGGGGAGAGUGGCCAUUCACUACAUCAACCCCCCAAACCCGGCCAAAGAUAACUUCACCUUCAAAUGCCAUCGCUCCAAUGGAACCAACACCUCUGCUCCUCAGGACAUCUAUGCGGUGAACGGCAUCGCCUUCCAUCCUGUCCACGGCACUCUGGCUACCGUGGGGUCCGACGGUCGGUUCAGCUUCUGGGACAAGGACGCCCGGACAAAACUGAAGACCUCAGAGCAGCUGGACCAGCCCAUCUCGGCGUGCUGCUUCAACCACAACGGCAACAUAUUUGCUUACGCUUCCAGCUACGACUGGUCCAAGGGACACGAGUUCUAUAACCCCCAGAAGAAAAACUACAUUUUCUUGCGGAAUGCUGCUGAAGAGCUAAAGCCAAGGAAUAAGAAGUAGCGGGGGCUCUGGGCUCUGGAGGCGGCCUGCGCCGUGCAGGUCGGGGGCUGUGCGGCGGGGCCC